AUGGCUUCACCACAGAAGAUCCGAACCCCCAUCACCGAUCUGUUUAAGAUCCAGCACCCCGUCAUGCUCGCCGGCAUGAACGUCGCCGCAGGACCGAAGCUGGCCGCUGCCGUCACAAACGCAGGAGGACUGGGUGUUAUCGGAGGCGUUGGCUACACACCAGAGAUGCUCAGGGAUCAAAUCGCCGAGCUUAAACACCAUCUCACUGACAAGAACGCCCCCUUCGGAGUCGACUUGUUACUGCCGCAGGUUGGUGGCAAUGCGCGUAAGACCAACUACGAUUACACCAAGGGCAAGCUCGAUGAGCUGGUUGACAUCAUUAUUGCCGAGGGCGCCAAGCUUUUCGUCUCGGCCGUCGGUGUGCCGCCCAAGCACGUCGUCGACCGCCUGCACAAGCACGGAAUUCUCUACAUGAACAUGAUCGGCCACCCCAAGCACGUUGCCAAGUGCAUCUCGCUCGGCGUGGACAUCAUCUGCGCCCAGGGCGGUGAGGGUGGCGGCCACACUGGCAACAUCCCCACCACCAUCCUCAUCCCCUCGGUCGUCAAGGCCUGCCAGGGCCACAAGUCGCCUUUGACUGGCGGUCCCGUCCAGGUCGUUGCCGCCGGCGGCAUCUUCAACGGCCAGACCGUUGCGGCCGCCCUCAUGCUCGGCGCCAACGCUGUCUGGGUUGGUACCCGCUUCAUCCUCACCCACGAGGCCGGCGCACCCGAGUCCCACAAAGAGGCCGUCCGCACCGCCGGCUACGAUGACACUAUCAAGACCGUCAUCUUCACCGGCCGUCCGCUGCGCGUCAAGAAGAACGACUACAUCCUCAACUGGGAGAACGAACGCCAGGACGAGAUCAAGGAGCUGACAUCCAAGGGAAUCCUCCCUUACGAGGCCGACCUUGACAAGCUCAUGGGCGGCGGUGACGGGCCCAACUUUGACAUUGCCAGCGGCGAGGCCAAGGGCAAGGAUGAGAAGAAGCCCAACGUCGAGAGCGAGGAGGAUGUUGACAUCGACGACCUCAUGGACCAGUUCAGGCCCUUCCUGAUGGGCAAGUGCGCCGCCGUCGUCAAUGAGCUCAAGAGCGCCAAGGAGGUUGUCGACGAGCUCGUCAACGACGGUGCCGCGUGCUUGGCGCAAGGUGGCCAGAUGGUCAAGGCAUCGGCCAAGUUGUAA